GUACGCUUAUCUGCAGAUGCCAUAAGGCUAGCACAUUACAAAAUCAACCAUCUGAUCGCCCACCAGUUGUUUCCCAAAUAAGGGAUCGUCGCUACCUAGCGCCACCGUUUUUUUCGGACAAAAGCCCUGGCAUCGUCGACCUCAGUGGAGAUUUAUUUGACCGCCCCUUUUCCCAGACUUCAAACCGCCAAUUCGACCGCAACGACAAAGUAUCAAGAUGUCCGAUAGGGGAUUCACCUACAAGGGCUCUGGUGUCAAUAGCCAGGGCAACCACUGGUGUUCCCGUGAUUAUGGCAACGGGUCGAACUCGUAUCACUACUCGAACCAGGACGGGAGCUACUACUACGCCAAUCCGGACGGCUCAACCUACUAUUCCGACGGCAAGGGCGGCUCCACGUACACUUCGCCGUCUGGCUACAAGGUGUACUCGACCGGCUUCGUCUCGGGUCCCUCGUCGAACGACUCGGGCAGCGGCAGAAGCAAGUAACGUACUCUGUAGUCAACUAAACCACCACUAUCCGUAGUAGGCCACGUUGGACGUAGGGUGUCUCGGAGAUCCCAGCUGGUGCAAUGAGUGCAGGGAAGCCGGAGGGCACUCGACGGACAGCGACGAGCGCAUUACAAUUGAGCCAGCGCACUCGAGGCGGAGGAGGUGGAGGGGGGAAGCGACAGCCUGGAUUCUUCAGUGGAGUCUCUCUCUCUGCCUGCAGCAACGGAACUAACUGAUCGUACAAAGUAUUCUCGUUG